AUGUAUCUUCGACAUGUUUCUUUGAAUUUAAGAUCAAUUGUAUUUACUCGUUGUCAAAACGUUGGUAAAUUAAUCUUUCGUACAUUAUCAAAUUCUUCUAAUAAUAAAAUUGAUUUAUCUCAAGUAAAAAAAUUCUCAAAUGAAAAUCAUAAUGAUGAAAUUGAUACAAAAGUUACGAUUGAAACAAUAAAUGAAAACAAAACACGUGAGAAGAUUGAAUGGGAUCGACUAUCAUUUGUUGAAAAAUUUGUUGAAACAUUUUUUUCAUCUCAAAUCAAUUCCAUUGCAAUUCUUAUUGUUGCUGGUGUUGGUUAUGUCAUAUAUGAGCAAGUUAAAAAUGAUUAUGAAAUAAAAUCUACGUUUCGAAAUGGUUCAUGUCCGAAUUUUAAAUUCAAAGAAAAACAAUUACUUGAAAGAAAAUCAUUAUUAAAUUCUCUUGUAACUAUUCUUACACCUGUUGCUGAUAAACUUGUUUCAUCAUAUUAUAUUGUACUUGGUGAACAUGGAGUAGGAAAAUCAACAUUAAUUCGACAAGCAGCACGAAUAGUUGGUCGAGGUGUUAUUUAUGUUGAUGUUCCAUCGAAUGUAAAGAAAUUUGGUGUUGCUUUUGCUCAUGCAAUAAACUUUGAUUUUAAAGAACAUAUUCGUUUAUCAACAUGGAUCGAAUCGACAAUGUUUAGUUCACCACCUGAUGAAGGUAUGCAUUCAAGAACUUGUUUAUUUUUUGAUAAAGUUUUGGCUAAUGACUAUUUAUUUAUUGUUCUAGGAGAAGAAAAAAGUUGGGAACGUGUCUUAUUAAUAUUUGAAAAAUAUGCAAUCGAUUUUAAAAAGAAAUAUGGUUGUGUACCUGUAUUAAUCCUUGAUAAUUGUGAUAUACUUGCAGAAAAAGAUCCAGAAAUGCUUGAAAUAUUACAAGAUACAGCUAAAACAGCUAUUGAUGAUUCAUCAUGGAUUACUGUAUUUGUUACAUCAGUUGGAAUUGCACCGGAACAAAUGGAAGUAGAAGUCACUGUCUCAAAUAGAAAUCGAAAAAUAUCAUUGGUUAUAGUUACACUUUUAGAUACUUAUCAAAAAGAUAAACCAGCUAGUGUGAUAUGUCAACUGAGUCGAAGUAGUAUUACACGAGCAUCAACAUUUUUCGAAAUAUCUGAUCUCUCUGAAGAAGAAUCAAUGACUUAUUUGAUAGAAAAAAGAAAUCUUUCUCAAGAAAUAGCCAAAGAUCUUUACAAUCUGUUCGGAGGACGUAUAAAAAGUUUACAAAAUGCAGCAUCAAAAUUAGAAAGUGGUGUAUCUUUUCAUACUAUACGAAAAUCAAUUUUACAAGAUAUAGCACGUCGAAUUGAAAAGAUCAGAUGUCGAAAAACUCUUCAAGAACAAACGUUCUUAUUCAAUGUUCUUUGUGUUUUAUCAUAUCAAUCUGAAAUAACAAUUGAUGAAUUAAUUGAAAUUGAACAAGAUGCUACUGUAAGACAAAAAAUGUUAGAUGAACUUCGUGAUGAAACAAUUCUUAUCAGAUCUGUUUCAACAGGUUCAUAUAUAUAUCAUAGUCAAAGUAUAAAAGUAUGUAUUGAAGAGUAUUAUAAAGAUAAAUGUUUACAUUAUAAAACACGCAGAUAUUAUUAUAUUUUUGUUUGUUAA